AUGGCCAAUGACAGCGGUGGGAGUGGCGGGGGGGGGGGAGGCGACGGCGGCAGCAACGGUGGCGGGAGCGGCGGCGGCACGAGCAGUGCCAGCAGCGAGCGGGACCAGCAGUACUGCGAGCUGUGCGGGAAGAUGGAGAACCUGCUGCGUUGCGGGCGCUGCCGGAGCUCCUUCUAUUGUAGCAAGGAGCAUCAGCGCCAGGACUGGAAGAAGCACAAGCUCAUCUGCCGGGGAAGCGACAGCGGCGCGGCAGGGGGCGCUGCAGAGCGCCCAAGCGGCGGAGACCAUGCCCACCACCACCCGCGGGGCCACAGUCACCACUACGACGCCGCGGCAGCAGCAGCAGCAGCAGGCGGCGACGAAGUGGAUUGUAAGGAAGGCGCGGCCGCACCACCACCAACAGCAGCAACAGCAGCAAAGAAGAAGGCGACUGCGCUGCCUGCCAAGCCACGGCUGGACACCAACUCGGAAGAGAGCGCGGUGGUGGCGGCGGCGGCGGCAGUUACGAACAACCACGUUGGCCAGGCAGCACCCGAGGGUCGCGGGCAGGAAGAGGAGGACAGGGACGUGGCAGCGACCGGGGAGACGGGGCUGCUGUUGUACGGUGGGGGUCCCACCGUGGCUGGAGGGGCGUCCCUGCGUCCCAACGGGCAGAUGAAGUCGCUGGUGCCGCAGCGGCUGGCGCUGGAGUACAUCGUGCCCUGCAUGAACAAGCACGGCAUCUGCGUGGUGGACGAGUUCCUGGGCAAAGAGCUGGGCGGGCAGAUUGCGCAGGAGGUGCGCGCUUUACACCACACCGGCCGCUUCACGGACGGGCAGCUGGUCAGCCAGAAGAGCGACUCCUCCAGGGAUAUUCGCGGAGACAAAAUCACCUGGGUAGAGGGGAAGGAGCCCGGCUGCAAGACCAUCGGGAAGCUCAUGAACAGUAUGGACGAUCUCAUUCGCCACUGCAAUGGCAAGCUGGGCAACUACAAAAUCAACGGCAGGACGAAAGCAAUGGUAGCUUGUUAUCCAGGCAAUGGAACAGGAUAUGUGCGUCAUGUUGAUAAUCCAAAUGGAGAUGGAAGAUGUGUCACGUGUAUAUAUUACCUUAAUAAAGACUGGGAUGCCAAGGUCAGUGGCGGUAUUCUUCGAAUAUUUCCAGAAGGCAAAGCCCAGUUUGCUGACAUUGAACCUAAAUUUGAUAGACUGCUAUUUUUCUGGUCUGACCGCCGCAACCCUCAUGAAGUACAGCCUGCAUUUGCUACAAGGUACGCAAUAACAGUGUGGUAUUUUGAUGCAGAUGAAAGAGCACGCGCUAAAGUAAAAUACUUAACAGGUGAAAAAGGUGUGAGGGUUGAACUUAAUAAACCUUCUGAUUCAAAUGGGAAAGACGUUUUAUAAAGCAUUCGAUCUAGCAAUUCCUUGUGCUACAUCCUGUCUCUUCGCCACCCUCCCCCAAACAGACUUUGGCGCUAUCUGUUAACUUUUGAAUGUGAAUAAUGGGGGAAAGGAAAAUCAACGCCAAAUUGACAUCUUGAAUAAACAAAUAAAUAUUGGGGUUCAGUGUUGCAUCAAAUGGAUUUGUAACCGCUGAAGCAUUGUACUACAUGAUUGUGACUCCAAACCUACGCUUAUGUGAAGAUAAGCAAUGAGGAAAAAAACAGCUUACACAUGAAGUGCCCUACAUAGAAUUUUUCCAUUCUUUAUACUUUGCCGGAUCAGUCAUCCAGCUCAAUGCUGUUCAUAUCCCCCCUUUAAAAAUACGGUCAUAGUUUAAAUUUUAUAUAAUUUUUGUAUAACCAGGUACAGCUGAUUAAAAUUUAGCAAAACAAAAAUUAUUCUCCAAAAUAGCAUUUAUCUAUUUUUAUAAAUCUGCUGUUCACACUGUUCUCCUCCUAUAUAAAACCUAAUUUAAAUAAGAGUUGCCAGUAACUGAUGAUCACUUUGUCUUUACACCUAAAGUCAGAAACGGAGCACUUUAAUUACCAGCUGAGAACCCGAUUGUUUUAUUUUCGUAUCUUACACUAAUUUGAAUUUUUUUAAAAGAAUGCUGCUGUAUUGUGUUGACUGUCUUCUAUGAAACUUUUUUUAACUGAAACAGAUGCCUAUCUUAGCUGUCAAUUACUUUCUAAAAUUUGUGGUUUUAUACGUUGAAUCCAGAAUUUCUGUCUUGUUGGGGUUUUCCAAGUGAUUGGCUGGCACUAAGUGAAGUUGACACUGUUCAUACUGUCCUUGGCACAGGGCACUGUGGGUGCAUCCAGUAGGAACUUCGCCUGUGAGAGCCAUUUGAUAUGAAUGGAAAUGACUGAAGAACAUAGCUGUGCUCUUAUGCAGCUCCUGCUUCUUUCAGUGUGGCUGGUGUAGAUGAACUGCCAAGUGUACUGUGCCCAUAAGUAUCAUUAGACCCUUCCAACAUAAGGGUUUAGGCUUUUAGAUGUACCAAGACCCUUUCUACUGCCUUGAUGGGAGAAUUCUCUGUCUUGAAUCAUUUUGAAAAAACAUCCCCUCUGCCACUGUUGUCUGUAGGGUAACUGAACUUAAAAUCACUGAUGUUUCCUCUCAGAGUGCUAGCAUCUUUUUCUCAUUUGUAGUUUGGGCCCUUGAUCGGUUACAUAGUAUCAAGUAUGAAUGUAUUAAGACUGCAGUGCAUCACUACAGGCUUAAUAAAUAAAUAAAUAAAUACUUUCACACGGCUGAGACGUUUUCUCCCUAUAAAAACACUGACCACUGAGCAAUACUAAAUAUGUUAACGAGGAAAAAAAUUACCUCUCUUUUAAGUUGAGGAAGCAAUAGAGAAUAAAAUUCACUCAACCAGACGUGUUUGAAAUGUUUAUUUUGAAGUGGUGGGUGUGUGCUUAAGUGUAACCCCCCCCCCAAGUGAUCCUUCCAUGUAUUACCAGCCUUGCAAAUAUGGUUUUUCCCACUUAAACUUUCCAUUGCCUGUCCUUUGAUCCCUCACUUAAAACAAUGUGAGUGUACAGAAAUAUUUCUGUAUGUACAACUUUAUGACAAUUUUAGCCUCUGUAUAGUUUGUACUCUUACUAGAGACCUUUUCUAUGGAAAGCUGAGUAAUUUUUAUUAAAAAAAGACUUACUAUUCAUGUAAAACAUGAAAAAGAUUGUGUUAUAGGGACAACUGACAGGAAGGGGGAAAUUCAGUAUUGUGAUAGCAUUUUAGGGAAACUUGUGGCAAAUAUCUUGAGGGUUUUUCCCCAAACAGUUCGCUGUCAAAAAUUUAACUGUUUGGUUCUUCUCUUCAUCCCAGUAAAUCGGAAGAAAACAUAUCUACUGUAAGUGCCUCUGCAAACCUGACCAAGGAGUGCAAAUCUUCUUUACUGUCUGGCCUACAGUGCAAUGCACUGCAUCAGGCCUAAGAAACGCCGUUCUAACUUCUUGUAACAGCUUUUUUAUUAAGUUUAGUAGAAGUUUGGUUCUGUGUUAGAAAUGCACAACAUAAGCCUUCACAUUUUUAUUUUCAGUCCCUAUAUUAAAAUUACCAGUGUCUUACAUUUGUGCUUGUCAGGGAGAUUUAAAGUGUGCUUAAGUCUCUCAAUUUACCUAUAAAAAGUCAUCAAAUUGGGUCUUCUAAUGUCAGUUUAGAAACUGUUCAUGUCAGUAAAAUCUUCAGCCUUGGGCAUCUCCAAGCAGGAACCUGUUUCAGACUAUUUUUAAACUGUCUUAUGGCCUGUAUGUGUUUAGUCCUGGUUAAAGAUAAAGCUUCAUAAUGCUAUUUUUAUUUUGUGACAUUAGCCAGCUGUAAAACACAAGACUUUUAUCUAGCAGGCAAAGAAAUUCAGGAUUCAUUUGCAGUUUUCCUAUAAAGUCAUGUAACUUCUGAAAAGCAGUGUUCAUUUCUGAAAGAGCUCUCAAAGUGCUUGUAAAGC